GCUGACCGUCUGACUUCCUUAAAGAGUCGGCGGGACUCAGUCGACCCAGCAGUGGAACACAAACGUAACAGUUUGUUGUUCGACGCUUUUUUAAGGACUCUUAGCUGGGUUAAAACGCGAGGAAGAGUGGCUUCUUACCCGGGUCAGAGGAGGACAAAGCACCGCCGUCUGCAUUGACUGAGGCUGCCACAAGGACCAUGACACAGCUGCCGUCACUGCAGCCCUUCUUUGGGCUACUGCUGACCUGCGCGCUGUUGUUAGUGCUGCCGCAGUCCGGCUCCUGUCACCCGGCACUGAUCUCGGGUCAGCCCGACCUAGUAAUAGAACGGCUCAGUUUGCCAAGGUUUAAAUUCAAUUGGACCAACAUCUCUUGCCGUGUGUGCCAAGGUCUCUUCAUCAUCCUGGAUGUGGCUCUGCUGAGUGACGCAAAUGAAGAGCGAGUGGCGCGCGCCGUAGGCGAAGCCUGCAUCCGCCUCCACCUGGCAGACGAGCAGGUGUGUCACGAAAUAACCGAGCUUUUCCGGAGCGACUUCAUCCGGGCCCUGCAGCAGUCCCUGCUGUGGCCCAAGGAAGCCUGCGCCCUGCUGGUGGGGCCCUCCUGCGGCAAGUUUGACAUCUACGCGUCGUGGAACAUCACCUUGCCAAAGACCCCUAAGCCUCCUGUUAAGCCGCUUGCAACUCCCACUCCUGGUUCUCCACAGAGCAGGGUGCUGUUUCUGACUGACAUCCACUGGGACAAAGAAUAUGUCAGCGGUACUGCAGCCGACUGUAAGGAGCCUCUGUGCUGCCGUAAUGACUCAGACGUCCUCUUGUGGCGGCGGAGGGAGGCGGGUUACUGGGGCACGUACAGCAAGUGUGACCUGCCGCUCAGGACGGUGGAGAACCUUCUGGAAAACGUCGCCAGGACCGGACCCUGGGACUGGGUUUAUUGGACCGGAGACAUACCUGCACACAACGUGUGGUCUCAAACCAGGAAACAGCAGCUGUCGGAACUUACGGUCAUCACCAGGCUCAUCCAGAAACACCUGGGUCCCAACGUGACGGUCUACCCCGCUAUCGGGAACCACGAGAGCACGCCAGUGAACAGCUUCCCUCCGCCUUUUGUUCAUGGCAACAGGUCCUCCGCCUGGCUCUACGACGCCAUGGCUGACGAGUGGGCGCCAUGGCUGCCACACCACGCUUUGAAGACUCUGAGGUAUGGAGGAUUUUACACCAUGGAGAUCCAGCCGGGCCUGCGGGUGGUGUCUCUAAACAUGAACUUCUGCGCUCGCGAGAACUUCUGGCUCAUGGUGAACGCCACAGACCCCGCCAACCAGCUGCAGUGGCUGGUCCAUGUUCUUCAGACCAGCGAAGACAAAGGAGAGAAGGUACACAUCAUUGGUCACAUCCCACCUGGUCUGUGUUUGGGCAGCUGGAGCUGGAACUACUAUCAUAUUCUCAACAGAUAUGAGAGCACAAUUACUGGUCAGUUUUUUGGCCACACCCACUUUGAUGAGUUCCAGAUGUUUUAUGACGGGGAGACCAUGACCCGCCCUCUGGGGGUUGCCUUUAUUGCUCCCAGCGUGACCACCUACAUCAAUUUAAACCCAAGUUACCGCGUGUACUACGUUGACGGGAACUACCCAAACAGUUCUCGUCUGGUUCUGGACCACGAAACCUACAUCCUCAACCUGACCGAGGCCAACCACAAAGCAGGAGAGCCUGGUAAACCAGAACAGAACCCCAAGUGGACUCUGCUUUACCGUGCCACUGAGGCAUAUGGCCUCGCCAGUCUGUUCCCCUCCGACUGGGAAGGUCUCAUCCGCACCUUCAUCACAGACGAUCGCUUAUUCCAGAAGUUCUGGUACUUCCGACACAAGGGCCACGUGUCCGCGCCGUGCAAGGAUACGUGCAAGACUACAAUCUUGUGUUUCUUGCGAAGUGGCAGAUCUGACAUCCUGAAGCAGUGCGACCUCCUCAACGGCGUUAACAGAGGACGCAAAGUGAGGAAAACGCUGUGUUGAAAAUCCACGACAUCGAACGGGAACACUUUGCUCUCUGCUGCUGGUUUUCAGACACAUUUCCACCAUCAGAUUGAGGAAAUCCAAAGACCUUUUUCCCCAAUUAGAAAUCUGUUUACUUGAAAUGUCAGGUUUGUUAGUCCUUUUUUUUUUCUCUUGUCAGCACUUUAAUGGUUUUGGUUGCAAAUAUGAACCUCGUCUGCACACCAAGCCAAGAGCUGUAGGUGAGCAUGAGGCUUAUCUCCAUGAUGCCAAAUGUAGCCUGUCGCUUGUUUGCAUAUUGUGGAUAACAUGUCAUUAUAAAUAAAGUAAAAACAGUUU